AUGGAUGCCGCAGCCUCCGCCCUUCUCCUCCUCGGCCUCAGCGCCAGCCUCGCUGCCUUCGCCUCGGCCGCGGCUCCGUACGACCCGCCGACGGUGCCGGAGCUCAUGGACCGGUUCGGCCUCCCGCGCGCGUUGCUCCCGGAGACGGCCCGGCGGUACCUCCUCCACGACGACGGCACCUUUGAGCUCUUCCUCGACGACGGUUGCGUGGUAGAGGUGGGGGGUUACCGCGUCGGCUACGACAUCGAGCUCUCCGGCACCGUGUCCCCCGGGACGGUCACGGGGCUCGAGGGCGUUCGCGUCCGCGUGCUCUUCGUCUGGGUGCCCAUCACCGGCGUCCAGGUGGCCGGCGGAGAGGUCACUGUCCACAUCGGGCCAAUCAGGAAGUCGUUCCCCGCCGUUGGGUUCAAAUCCAGCCCCCAGUGCACCAUCGGAUCGGCAGCGGCAGAUAUCUUGCUUCCUUUGGUAGAACAGUAA